GAUAACCAGUGUUAAAUUGGAACACACUUUUUAAAGAAACAGGCAACCUGAAAGUAAAAUUGAGAGUUGCCUAACAGCAAAGCGUCACCUGUGUUUCUACUUUUAUUUUGAAGGAAAUCCGCGGUACUUCCGGUGUAUGUGCAGCUAAUUGAAUCUAUCUUGACGUGCCUCUCCUCAGUGUAGCCUUGCGUUUGGUUGUAGCCGCAUAAAGCCUCUAUGCGGGCUGUGAAGUGCUCCAUGUAGUAAAAAAAAAAAAAAACAUAGGGGGAUUCAGGUGGAGGACAGCGGAGGGUUACCGGCUCUACACCGAACCUGUCAGCCGGGCACCGGAGGGAUACCAUGUCGAACCGAAAGCACCGGGACAAUCAGGAGAUAUGCGCCCGCAAGGUCCGAGAGCUGGCCCAGUCUGGAGUAAACAAACACUGCUUCGAGUGCAACCAGCCCGGGGUGACUUACACCGACAUCACGGUGGGCAGCUUCGUCUGCACGUCGUGCUCCGGAAUGCUGAGAGGCCUCAACCCUCCCCAUCGAGUCAAGUCUAUCUCCAUGACAACCUUCUCCCAACAGGAAGUGGAAUUCCUUCAAAAUCAUGGCAACGAGGUUGGGAGGAGGACAUGGCUCUGCGUGUUUGACCCAAAGACGGACAGCUGCCCAGACAUGAAGGACUCUCAGAAGUUCAAAGAGUUCCUUCAGGACAAAUUUGAGAAGAAAAAGUGGCAUUUUUCCAAAAGUAAGAACCGGAGAGAUGUCGAGGGUCCUUGGAGCCCGGGGGUCCAGGCAGUGCCCCCUUCCCACGGUCCCUUAGCGAGCCAGGCCCCCUCACAUAACCUGCCCCCAAACGCCAGGUCCACAAGGCCACUGUCUCAGUCCCAGCUGCCGUUAUGGGAUCGAGCUCCUGCGAUCUCGCCUGCCGACAUGCGGACGGACGCGUUCACCGCUCGGCCGUCGCGCUCCCAGAGCUUCAGAGACCCCUCUCUCAAAGAUCCCACCCUGUGCGGGAUAGAAAGACAGCGGCCGGGGUCCCUGUCGUCAGCGCUUGGAGCUCAGAGCCACGUUCCCUCUUUCCCCGCCCUCCCGCGGCCCUCAGCCAGUAGCUCUUUCAAAAACCACUUCACUUUAGGUCGUACAGUAUCGGCCUCAGGGACCACUGGGCCAUUCAGGGCCUUCCCCAAAUCUCUCAGCGUGGACUUUGGAGGUCUGAACCAUCCGCAGCAGCACUCUCUGCCCCACUCUAUGUCCCAGCAGCAGCCUGGAAACGCGGGCCAUGCAACAACGCAAGCCGGCAACUCCAACCCCUCGGACAGAUACGCUGCGGUGUCGCAUCUGGACAGCGUCUCAUGUGAGCCACCAACAGUUGCAGCUCCACCUGCUGGCCCUCCGCAGUACAACGCCCUCUUCGGCAACAGGCUGUCAUCCAGCUCCACUCCUGCAAGUUCCCCCGGUGUCGAAACAGUCUCCGGCUCCCAAACGUUUGCAAAUUUCCCCAACCCAUUCAGCUCUAGCUCGGCCUCCCAGCAGCCCGUUGCUCUCUCCCCCAGUAACCCCUUCAGCAGCUCAUCAGGAGGUGACUCCGGUGAGUUUGUCACCUCGCCCACCCCCGUCUUUCCUCCGUCCGCCUCCUACCCGGCACUCAACACCCAGAAUGCAUUUCACCAUGAGUCAGCCAGCAACCAGGAAUCCAAUGGUAACAAAUCUUCUAGAUUUUAUUUGUCAUAGUCCAAGGUGGUGUCU